AUGGUACAGUUUGCAAUACGAAGGUUAUGGAAAGGACACCGCAGAAAAUCCUCAAAGAAUUUUCCACCGGUUGAACUUACCGUAGACUCUUCAAUAGGCAUCCAUUGUUAUAUAAAAGUUAUGGGUGUAAAAUAUCACUAUGUAGAAACAGGUCCAAAAAAUGGCCAAAUUGUUGUUAUUCUUGGAGAUGCACCAGAUGCUGGAAACUUGUGGGUGCCAUCCUGGUCAUCUGUGGUGCGGCGGCUUGCUGAAAGUGGUCAUCAUGUGAUAACAUUAGAUUUAAGAGGAACUGGUGGUAGUGAAGGAGGUUAUAGAAGGGACCUUGCACCACCUAAAGCAGUUGAGGAGCUAUCUGCUUUGUUACAAGCAUUAGGAGUUUCAGUAAAUAAUCCAGCAGUUGUGAUUGGUUUCGGAAUAGGUGGCAUGUUAACUUGGUACCUAGCUCACUGUCGAGGGGCGUUAAUAAGAAAAUUCAUCGUAAUCGGCGCGCCACAUCCGAACCUCUACUGGCAGUACCCGCCGGCGCCGUUCUGCCAACAAGCAUUGUAUUUCAUACAGUGGCCAUACUUGCCAGAGCGAUGGCUUGCAGAAGGGUCUCUCCAAGAUGAUAGUUCGAAUUCGCCCAGUUCCCGCGCUCGAGAUUGGAACGGGGCACUGAAUUACGUAAGAGGCGCGGCGUGGUGGCGAGUCGGGUCGGGGCGGCGGGUGGCGGCGCCGGGCCUGCUGCUGGGCGCGCGCCGCCGGCGCCGCGCAGCUGGUGGCCAGCGCGCAGUUCUGCGCGCGCCCCGCCUUGAAACUCAUCUCCAGCUGCGAUCCCGGCGACGGCGAUCUGCCCAACCUGGUGCUGGACUUUGUCCUCGGGACGCCUGCGGAAGAGGCGAAUGUAUCGGAAGCUGGUGCCCGCGGGCUGGUGGGGCGCAUGUUGGGCGCGGUGGCGGGCCGCGGCCGUGGCCUUACCGCGCGCUUCGCCCUCCCCCUCCCCCUCCCAGCGCUCUCCGCACAGGCCUGAACCAACACUACCCACCUGAUAACUAUGCUGCGUCGAAUAACAAAGAAUGCAUCGCAUACCAAAAAGCUUCCCACACAAGAUAA